GGGGUCGAAGCAGCGUUGACAUCUGCGUCGGGUGCGUCCGGCUAUCAGCCAACCACCACAUCCUUUACCUCCUUUAUCACACAUUUAAAUACAAAUAUAUACAUUCAUCUAGUGCAGUGUCACUUUAUUUAUCAAUUGUUCCUUUAUUUUUAAUCAAAAGUGCAAUUUUUGUUUUGUAUCUUACCUCAGUGCAACAAAGGUUUUUUUUGGAAUUGUUUAUUACAACUCUCAGUGACGAUUUGAUUUUAAUAUUCUGUUAACGGUUGACCGCGUUAAGUAGUAAGAUAAAUGUGCGGUCAAACGUCAACAUUCGUCGGCCGUAAAACUCUAUUUUUAUGCGACAAUUAUUGGUGAAUAAAAUAAAAAAAAAAAUUAACCAGUGAAGUGACAGUACAAGUGUCGUUUCUGGAUAAAUUUACAAAAAAAAAUGAGAGCUGGUGUGGAUACGGAAGCGCCGUGAUAUAGACAGAGUAGCUUGGGUUACUGUCAACAGCAGACCAGCAAAGAUGAAGAGCUCGUGCAAACACCGAAGGGGAGGGUUUAUAAACGAAUUUAUUCGCGGGAUCCAAGCUGAUCCUCACAUUGACAUCAGGGAGUGAGAAGAAGAUCCGCGAUUUCUCACGGGACAUGAUCUCGUGGGGUCUUUUCAAGGAGCUGGGAUGAUCUUGGCACAUAUUGAUCUCACACAUAGAUCAUAGAUCAUGGCUGCAAAUAAUGAUUAUAACUUUUUUGAUUACCGUUCUCACGAUGUAGACUGCCAUAAAAAUUUCUUACGGGAGACUAACACGCGAGACGUUUAUCGCGCCCGGAAAUUAACUCGCGAAAAAAUCGAGGGUUGGAUUUUUAGCGCAGGAAAAAUUUGAAUGAAUUUUAUAAUAAAAAAGAAUGAUAGUAAAUUUAAGAUUGAAGAUUCUGAUGGAAAAAUUCAGCGAGUGAAGGGAAGAUCUUCGAUAAAACUUUUCUGGAUUGCAGUGAUACGUUGGAUUUACCGUUAGUGCAAUGACAGUGCAAUGUUAAAUGUGUUUUUGGUCUGGUCUUGUUCUGAAAAUCUAAAAUGAUGCUAAGUUGGGUGGCGGUGUGGAUAGUAGCGGUCCAGCCGAUAAUAAUAAUAGAGGCCGCGUUGAAUUCGCGAGUGGUCAGGACUAAAUACGGUGAAAUAUCGGGUGUGAUAGUGACCCUUGAGCGAAAUCUCGAGGGUGUUGAGGUGUUUCGCGGGGUCCCGUACGCCUCCCCGCCGGUCGGCUCCCUCAGGUUCAUGCCUCCGGUUAAUGGGGCGCUCUGGCAGGGGGUCAAAGUCGCGGAUAAGUUUAGUCCGGUGUGUCCUCAGAAACUUCCGAAUGUGACCAGCGAGAUGCCCAAGGGACGGGUAGAGUAUCUUAAGAGAUUACUGCCCUACUUGAGUAAUCAGAGCGAGGAUUGUUUGUACUUAAAUAUCUACGCUCCUGUUCAAGGUGAGAGAUUUCUUAAAAAUUGGAAGAAACAGCAUGAAUUUUUAUUGAUUUCAGCUGGCGCCCGAGACGGCGCCAACCGCAGAUAUCCCGUGAUCGUCUUUGUCCACGGCGAAAGCUACGAAUGGAGCAGCGGUAAUCCUUACGACGGCAGUGUGCUAGCAAGUUAUGGUGGUGUCGUCGUCGUCACCAUCAACUACCGGCUUGGCAUUUUAGGUAAAAUGGAUCAAAUAGCGGCUUUGCAUUGGGUCCAGGAGAAUAUCGUUUACUUCGGCGGGGAUCCGACCAAUGUUACCCUAGUUGGACACGGAACCGGGGCUGCCUGCGUCAAUUUCCUCAUGGCCAGUCACGCGGUUCCUGACGGGCUGCUGUUCCACCGGAGCGUUCUCAUGUCGGGAAGUGCUUUGUCACCUUGGGCGCUAGUCAGAGGCGCUGCUAAUUACGCGAUGCAGGUUGCUAAAUAUUUGAACUGCACUGGGGUAAGCCAUGAUCCCCAGUUGUUGCUUCAAUGUCUGAGAGAAGUCCCACUGGAAAAUCUCCUGUCUGUUCCUGUCCAGGGACUGGCUUUUGCCCCGGCCUUUGGUCCUAGUAUCGACGGUGUUGUCAUUGAUCCCGGAGAUCCCGAGGAUUUGGACUAUACGCUACAAGUUGACACUAUCAAUACACUCAAUAAUAUUUUACUACGGAAGGAUGUUGUUGCUAAAUUGAGCAGAUACGAUCUCAUGGUUGGGGUAGUCCGGACAGAGUCAUAUUUUUCACUGACUUCUGAUGACUCCCUGUAUGGAUUGGAGGCUGAUCGUCGUACGAAAAUAUUGCGCGAGUUUGUUAGAAAUACAUACACAUACCAUCAACCGGAAAUAUUAGCGACAAUUAUUAAUGAGUAUACUGAUUGGGAAAGACCUGUACAACAUCCUGCAAGUAUAAGAGACGAAACUCUAGAAGCGUUAGGUGACGCGAAUACAGUAGCACCAGCAACUAAAACCGUCGAUCUUCACAGUCAAUCUCACAGAAAUUCUUAUUUGUAUGUUUUUGAUUACCAAACUAAAUUUGGAGAUUAUGUCCAGCGACUGGGGUGUAUCCACGGCGAGGAACUUCCAUACUUCUUCGGAGCUCCAUUAGUAGGUGGUUUAGCUCACUGGCCUAAGAAUUAUACAAGGGCAGAGAUAACGUUGUCUGAAAGUGUUAUAUUAUAUCUCACAAACUUCGCUCGUACCGGGAAUCCCAACGAAGGAACUCCGGAUACUGGCCCUGGAGGCACUCGUCCUGAGCGGACCAAAUUAAAAAAUAUACUCUGGACGGCUUAUGAAGCCACACAUAAAAACUAUCUCAAUAUAGGUAAUUACACAAAACCAAAAUUAAAAAAUCAUUACCGGGCGCACAGGUUAUCUUUCUGGUUGAACCUAGUACCGGAUCUGCACAAGCCGGGUGGGGAUGACGUUCCGCGCUCUCAUCAUCUGUUAGAUGCUGAGCAGGUAAAAAAAAAAAUCUUGUAUCAAAGAAGUUGUUUCUUUUUUCUUGUCCCACCGCGGUUUAUACAAAGGAUACCAACAACAACAAAACUAACAACCGUUGAAAUAAUAACCGAACGCGUACCAAACACAACAACGAGCUCAUCAAAUGAAUUAACGCUCGAAGAAACAACACCGCAACCUGAGGACGGUUUCGCGGCGUACUCCACCGCACUCAGUGUGACAAUAGCCAUCGGUUGCAGUUUAUUAAUACUAAACGUGUUAAUAUUCGCCGGCGUUUACUAUCAACGUGACAAAAACCAGCACCACUGCCCGAAAAAGCGGCAAGAAAACGGGCAAAUGCCUAACAAUAUCUGCGGGGAGCUGGAGACAAAACCGUCAGACCGUCACCAUAUCCAGCACAUGCCGCCUCCAGAUUUUGCAGACCUGCAAAACAACUCCUGUCUCGUGCCUAUGCCGCCUCCUCCGCCAAAAAACACAAAACCCGCGAAGCCCCAGGCGGGCCAAAAUUUGAUAAUGAGCCCCAAUCAGCUUCAGCAGGAAAACAUGCCUAUGUCUGCGGUAGGAACACUGAAGAAAGGGCAAAACCACCAGCAGAUAAUGGAAGAACUAAGGGUCUGACUUUAGGACAACAGCUCAUCGAGCUGUUCUCGGAUCAUCUCGACUUCUUCAUUUUACGGAUGAUUGAAAAGUAUAUUAAUAAAUAAACAAUUAAUAAAGAAAAUUACAUGGAAAGAACAAGAUAACA